AGCUGAUCAGUCAAGUCAAGAAUCAAGAUCGCUCUCUCUCUCUCUCUCUCUCUCUCUCUCUCUCUCUUUCUCUCUCUGGAGAGAUAGCAGCAAUGGCGUCGGAGGACAAGAAAGCGCCCAAAAGUCGAAUCGGAGGAAUUCGGACACUUUCCGAUCUGAACCGGAGGUCUGCCGACUCGGACAGUGACUCGGAUGGCCCCCAGGAAUACUACACUGGUGGCGAGAAAAGCGGAAUGCUUGUCCAGGAUCCUUCAAAGGGUAAUGACGUGGAUUCGAUUUUUGAUCAAGCUAGGGAAUUGGGAGCUGUAGAGGGGCCUUUUGAUCCUUCUAGUGCAUCUUCAAGCUCAAGAAGCUUUACUGGAACUGGUAGAUUACUCUCUGGGGAAACUGUACAAUCUACUCCUCAGCAGCCCGAGACUGUUGUUCACAACAUCAUUUUCUGGUCCAAUGGUUUUACCAUAAAUGAUGGCCCGUUGAGGCCGUUGGAUGAUCCUGAAAAUGCAUCUUUCUUAGAGAGCAUCAAAAAGUCUGAAUGUCCAAAAGAGUUGGAACCUGAAGAUAGAAGUACCUCAGUUCAUGUCAAUCUAAUAAGGAGGAAUGAGAAAUGCCCAGAACCGGUGAAGCGGCGUGUUCCAUUUCAGGGUGUGGGAAGAACUCUAGGUAGCAGCUCUACUCCAGUAGCAUCUGAGCCAACAACUGCACCGACUCCUCUAAACACUGCUCCAACCCCAUCCGUUGGCCUGGUUGUGGAUGAAACGUUGCCAUCAACAUCGGUUCAGCUUAGGUUGGCUGAUGGGACCCGCUUGCCUGCACAUUUUAACUACAACCAUACCAUAAGUGACAUACGCGCCUUCAUUGACACAUCUAGGCCAGAGGGUCCGAGGAGUUAUCAGCUGCAGAUUAUGGGGUUCCCUCCCAAACUCCUGAAUGACCCGACUCAAACAAUAGAGCAGGCAGGGCUUGCCAAUUCGGUUGUGAUCCAGAAGUUAUAGCCAGCAGCACCAUGAUAAUUUGCUAUCUGGUCAUUAGCUAUAUAUAUGUACCAGGUAGGUAUUAAGAACGUUAACCUGUACUGUUUGCUCCAUGUGUACAAUGUCUUUCAAGAAGUGGGUGGAUUCUAUAAAAUACUUUUGGAAACUUAAAAAGGCAUUUUCCUUCAAAAUUAAGAAAAAAUUACUAGUGAAAUGGUGGAGAAUUUCUAUUGGAAA